AUUUGUGUACAUAAUGUCAAAGUCUGUAUAUGGAAAGCGGAUUUUUCCAAAUAAUAUCUUUUAAAAACAAUAACAGAAACUAACAACCUGUAUAAGAUGUAGUUUUAAAUAUUGUAGGUAUUAAAACAAGUAAUACGACGGUAUAAUUCUUGUGAAAAAUAAUCAUUUUAUCCAAUUCUAUUUACGUUAAAGUUAAAACAUAGUAAAAGUAAACAAUAAGGUUUGCAAUAACAUGGGAACUAUGGAAGGAUUUUGCAGGGGUUGUCUUAUAAAAUACAAUGAUCCAAUGGAGCUGCUACAGUAUACAGAGAAAUAUAGAAGACUGUUCGUGUAUUCCACUGGGAUACAGGUGAAAAGAAAUGACACAUUCACAUUCCAACUAUGUAGAGAUUGUUUCCUGAAUAUGAAGCAAGCUUGUAAGUUUAAGAAACAAUGUAGAACCACAGACAAACAGUUUAAAAACUACAAAGCGUUGAAAGAUGUAGGAGACCCGAUAGAUUUUUGUACAUUCCUUAAAAAUUGUGAUGAUGCUUUAACAUUCCGAUUACCAUUAGCAAGUGGAAGUAGUACACCAGCUACACAGAAGAGAGAUGAUGACAACGAAUCAACAUGCACAAGUAUACGUAACUUCAUGACGGACAUCCUACAAGGAGAGGAGAUGCCUGACACGGAGGCUCGGAUCAUCAGAGAGGUCAUUGAAGAGGAGGCUGAUGUGCUGGAAGACUCACUGGACUCCCACUGGCUACAAGAUGACGUGUCUAUUGAUACGGACUUCAGAUUAGAUUUUAGUUUCAGCCCAUUUUCAACACCUCGGUCCGUAAACAACGAUCAUUGCUAUACACCUAAAAAGUAUGUUGAGCAAAAAGAGGAACAAAUCAGCUUUGAAACUGUAAAUACUGAGAAACAAACUAGAAUACUCAACGACUUUACAAAAGCUUUCCAAAAUGACGAAAAUAUUAAGGAACCAGAUAGUUUUGAAAACAAAGUUAUGGAGAAACCUGAAAGUUUUAAAAGCCUUUAUCCGUUUGAAGCAGAUGAACCAAUUGUUCAUGUUGAUCCUGUAAAAUCAACAGAGGAACCAUAUAAACCCAAUACAAAAAACAUUAAAGAGAUCACCAGUUUUGCAACUAAAGAAAUAUCCACCAAAGAGAUUGCACUGAAAAGAACUUUUGCAAACAAAAAUCUGAAAGAACUAUGCGAUUUUAGUUUAGAUAGUCCUUUAGAAAAGCCAGAUAGCAAUAAAAAUGAUAGUUUAAAAGAAUUAUGUGAUGCAACUUUAAAUGAAUUUGGUGAAGUAAAAUCAGUAAAUAAUGCAAAGAAUGAGGAUAAAGUAAUUAGUGAUUUUAGUAUUGAUGAAAUUGAUGGUCUUGAUAAAUCUGUUAGCAAUUUAGAUCUACCAUCAUUAGACUAUUCAGAUAAGGAUAGAACUAGUGCCAUGAAUUUUUAUACUGAAAAUAUGGGAUCAGUUAAAUCAGUUGCAGAAAUGAGCAACAGUAGUAUUAAUAUUGAAGCCCUUUUAAAAGACAAGCCGUGUACGAUAGAUAGGAACUUAGAAGAAGCAUUAAAGAAUCCUGACAAUAAAGAAUUUUCUCUGGAUGAAUUACUUGUUUCUCCACCAGAAUUCCAAAAAACAUCAGCAGCAUCAACACCAACUAUCAGAAAUAUAUUAUUUAAUGUGAAAUACGGAUUAUCUGACACUGACGUGAACACCAAUAAAAAAAUAGGACAAUGCAUAGAACCGUACGACAAUGUCCAAGGCGAUAUAGAAAUAUUCGAAGAAUUCUUCCAAAACGAUACUAAAGAAUUUGACAUUGAUGAUAUUAAAAGGGCUUAUGUAGAUACGAAAGGGCAAUGGAAAAGAGACCCACAGUCGAUUGGUAUUAAAGUUGAAAAUGGAGAUUCAAAUGACAUGGAUUUUAUACAUAAUGAAAAUAGACAAAUUGAAAAUCAUGAAGAAAUAAUUCCAACUGUUGAAGAAAGUGAAGUGAAUAAGAAAUCGCACUGUGAAUCAUGUAACAAGGAAUAUAAAAACGCCAGAGCACUGAAUAUUCAUCUGGCCAAAAUACAUGGACUGGCGAAAAAGAAAGUAUUAAAUAAUAAAAGUUCUAAAAUAUUAUGUACUCAAUGUGGAUUGGAGACGACAGAUACGUCAAAUUUUAAAAGACAUUUGAAAGUUUGUGGGAAACCUAAGGCUAAAUAUGAUUGUGAAUGUUGUGGAGAAUCGUUUACUUCACAAAGUAAACUGAAGAAACAUAAGAGGGCCCAUUCGGCAAACCCAAGACAGAAAUCUCAAAACCAAUAUAUUUGUUCGAUUUGCAACGCUAUAAUGCAUAAGCGCAACAACUUUAUUCUGCAUAUUAGAAGACAUGAGAAGAAUUAUUCCAUAAGGUGCAAAGAGUGUGGCAGAGGUUUCUAUAGAGCUUCAGAUUUGACGGCUCAUAUGAGACAACAUACAGGUGAAACUCCGUUUAGCUGUAACUACUGCACCCGUUUAUUCACCCGACAAGACAUAUUGAGUAGGCACAUGAAAGUUCAUUUUGAUUUUAAGAAAUACGAAUGCGACACGUGUCAUCUAAAAUUCAAAAGAAAGUAUGAUGUGUAUCUACACCUUUUAAAGAAAAAUAAGUGCGGACCGAAACCAAAUAAAGAUGUUGAUAGACAAGUAAAGAACAGACUGAUUAAAAAAGUGGCAAAAUUAGAUAAUAAUAUCACUGUACUAUAUGCUGUAGGAGAUAACGAAACUAUUAAAAAGGAGCUACCGUUUUUGGAAACUGAACUGAAUAAUUAAAAAGAUAUAAAGAAAACAUAUUUUA